AUGUCUUCAUGUCCGCAUCUUGAUGUGCUUGUGGGUGGGGUCAAAGUGCCCUGCCUGGUAGAUACCGGCUCCAUGGUGUCGACCUUGAGGGAAAGCUUUUUCCUGCAGCAUUUUGCAUCUUGGGGCAAUGAGCGCCUCAAGUCUUGUCAUUGGUUACAGUUGAGGGCAGCCAAUGGGUUGGCCAUUCCCUAUGUGGGUUACUUAGAGCUUGACAUUGAGCUCUGCGGAAAGGUCAUGCCACAAUGUGGGGUGUUGGUGGUGCGAGAUCCACCAGGCGGUCUUUCCCCAAAAGUCCCGGGUGUCCUUGGGAUGAAUGUGAUCCGGAAAUGCUACCAGGAGCUUUUUGGAAACCAUGGCCUUGCUCUCUUUGACCUUCCUGAGGUGUCCACAGCCCCCUCCUCGGUCUUGCAGGCUCUACAGCACUGCAACAGUGCGCUGGACUUCCCAGCUGCCCCUGGGAAAGUGAAGGUACGGGGGAAGAAGGUUUGUCGCAUUCCAGGUGGAAUGAUGCAGUUAGUGGCCGCGACGUGUUCGGCACAGUAUUCUGGGACUACGGUACUGUUCGAGCCACCAGAUUCGGGCUUACCUGCUGGAUUGCUGGCCUCCCCUGCACUAGUUCGGGUCACCUACGGUACUGCCUUUAUACCCAUCGUCAAUGUGGGUUUGACGGAUGUAACGCUUUACCCCCGCACCGUUUUGGGAGAACUGGAUGUGGCUCACGUUGUUAGCCUUCCGGUGGGAGUUUCCGAGGUGCCCUCUCAGAUUGCGACAGUCUCGUCCCAGACCGUAGCCCCGUCUGUGUCUGCCCAGAUCGAGGCUAUGGAUUUGGCAUCCUUGUCCACUGACGAACAAGGGGAGGUGCGGUCACUCCUCCAUAGGUUCACUCAUGUAUUCUCCGCUCAUGACAUGGACUUGGGUUGUACUAACCUCAUGACCCACGAUAUUCCCUUGUUAGACACCGCUCCGAUUCGUCAGCGUUACAGACGCAUACCCCCGUCUGAGUACGAGGUGGUUAAAGAUCACAUCAACCAAUUGUUGGAGGCACAAGUGAUCCGGGACAGCAGUAGCCCGUACGCCUCCCCCAUCGUGCUGGUUAAAAAGAAAGAUGGUAGUCUUCGCAUGUGCGUGGACUACCGACAGCUAAAUGCGAAAACCAGGAAGGAUGCCUUCCCUUUGCCGAGGAUCGAGGAAUCCCUGGAUGCCUUGACUGGGGCCCGCUGGUUCUCGACCUUGGAUUUGGCCAGCGGAUACAACCAGGUUCCUGUUCGGGAAGAGGAUCGGCCCAAGACCGCCUUCUGUACGCCCUUUGGGUUGUUUGAAUGGAACCGGAUGCCCUUUGGGCUCUGUAACGCCCCCAGCACGUUUCAGCGCCUCAUGCAGCGCAUAUUCGGUGACCAGCAGUGUCAGUCACUCCUCUUGUACCUUGACGACAUUGUGGUGUUCUCCUCCACCGUAGCGCAGCAUGUAGAGCGGCUGGGCGCUGUAUUGGGUAGGCUGGAGCAUGAGGGCUUGAAGGCGAAACUCCCAAAGUGUGCCUUUUUCCAACAAGAAGUGCGGUACUUGGGCCAUGUCAUUUCCGCUGAAGGUGUUGCCACUGAUCCGGGUAAAAUUGAGGCGGUGUCCAAGUGGCAGCAGCCCACCACUGUGUCGGAGCUGCGUUCCUUUUUAGGAUUCGCCAGCUAUUACCGCCGCUUCGUGGAGGGCUUUGCCAAAUUGGCCGCUCCUUUACACCGGUUAGUGGCAGAACACGGGACACCUGGAGCAAAGAAACGGGGUGGUCAGGGGCAUCUUGGGCCUUGGUCAGAGGAAUGCAAGGGCAGCUUUGAGGCCUUGAAAACGAAGCUCACAACUGCGCCAGUCCUUGCUUAUGCGGACUUCUCCCUCCCGUUCAUUCUUGAGGUUGAUGCGAGCUAUGGGGGGCUGGGAGCCGUGCUAUCGCAGGAACAAAAUGGCAAGGUCAGGCCGAUAGCCUAUGCCAGUCGUGGGCUGCGACCUACCGAGCGUAAUAUGCAAAAUUACAGCUCGAUGAAACUUGAGUUUUUGGCCCUUAAAUGGGCCAUGACGGAAAAGUUUCGCGAGUACCUCCUGGGGCAGCGGUGUCUUGUCUUCACAGAUAAUAACCCGCUCAGUCACUUGUCGUCCGCUAAGUUGGGUGCCCUUGAGCAACGUUGGGCAUCCCAGCUAGCCUCUUUUGAUUUUGACAUCAAGUAUCGGUCAGGCAAAAGCAAUGGAAACGCUGACUCGUUGUCCCGCCAGCAUCCUUCUGGUCCAGUGGAGACACUGGCCCCUGGUACUGCCCUUCCAAGGCCACUCCAGGAAGUGUUGCAGCCUGCACCGGCUGAAGUAAUUCAAGCUGCCAUGACUGUUUUGCCCGGUCACUCUUCCACUGAGAUUGCGGAGCUCCAACAGGCUGACCCCACGAUUCGGGGGGCGAUGGCGUUUUGGAGGAGGAAGCGGCGGCCUAAUUUUGAUGAGCGCCAGGUUACUCCGGAACCGGUCUUACGCCUGCUCAAGCAGUGGGAUCGCCUGGUGGAGGAAGGGGGCAUCGUGUACCGCCAAAAGUUCCGCUCGGAUGGCGGACAACCGAUUCUCCAGGUGUUGUUGCCAGAGUCCCUGAAAAACAGGGUAUUGACCCAAGUUCACCAAGUGCAUGGUCAUCAAGGGAUAGAGCGAACACUUGAGCUCUUGAGUCCACGAUGCUUUUGGCCGACUAUGUCCAUCGACGUUGCGGAGUGGUGUCGGAAAUGUGAGAGAUGUGAGGUUGCGAAGGAUUCUCAGCCAGCGGCACAAAGCUUCAUGGGGCACUUGUUGGCCUCACGGCCCAACGAGGUCCUUGCAAUUGAUUUUACGGUAUUGGAGCCCGCCCGUAAUGGACAGGAGAACGUCCUGGUCAUGACGGACGUGUUCAGCAAAUACACCCUGGCGAUUCCCACUCGGGACCAGCGUGCCUCCACUGUGGCUCAGGUGUUGGUAGCAGAGUGGUUUUGUAAGUUUGGUGUUCCUUCCCGAAUACAUUCUGACCAGGGUAGGAGCUUUGAGGGCUCCCUCAUUCAGCAGUUGUGUGGGUUCUACGGGAUUCAGAAAACGCGCACCACACCAUAUCACCCGGCCGGAAAUGGCCAGUGUGAGCGGUUUAACAGGACCCUGCACAAUUUGCUUCGGACCUUGCCAGUGUCUCGGAAGAGGGAUUGGAAUACGUGUUUACCGCAGGUACUCUACUGUUACAACACUACUCCCCAUCAGUCGACGGGUGAGUCCCCCUUCCUCCUCAUGUUCGGACAGGAGCCUAGACUGCCCCUCGAUUUCCUCCUGGGCCGGGUUCAGGAUCCUGUUGGGGGGGGUGUUCACGAAUGGCUGCAAGAACAUCAGGUCCGACUGCAGACUGCCUUUGACGGGGCUCGAGCCCGUCUGGAGACCGCCGCGGCCCGUCGGAAAAGGAACCAUGACUCACAGGUGCGUGAUGCACCACUGGGGGAGGGUCAGUUGGUAUUCUUACGCAAUGUUGGCGUACGGGGGCGUCACAAAAUCCAGGACCUGUGGAGCCCGGUGGUGUAUCGGGUUGUUAAGGCGCCUGGCGCAGGCGGAUCUGUAUAUACGAUAGCUCCCGUGCACAGUCUUGACCAGACUCGACAUGUCCAUCGGUCCUUGUUGAAGGCUGUCCUGGGGACCCACCCACCCACGUCAGUUGAUCCACAUGAGGCGCCCACCAGCAGUGCGCCUCAAGAAACAUCCUCCACUGAACUAGAGUCAGCUGAAGAAAUGGAUUUAAUGGCCGUGUGCCAGGGGUUGCCCCUAGUCAACAUCCACAACCCGUCCGUAUCUUCAGGAGCAUCACCGCCCCGGGCAGUGGGCGAGCCUGGAGUGGAGGGAUCUGCUGUGGUAGUACCGUCAUCUUCCAGGGUGGUUGGACAGCCACCGGCUAUUGUGGUGACCGCGGUCCUCGAGCCUCCGGCCCGUGAGGAGACCCAGGGCAGCACUGUCCGAAGAUCAUCCCGUUCCACCGCAGGACAGCACUCAAAUGUCCACCACUUACCAAGGCCUGUAAGUGGAUCAGCAGAUGGGGUGGUGACACACCCAGCCUCUGUUUCCAUCCCGAACGCCAUUGGAACAAGUCAGGCUUCUUCAGAGCCCUAAUCGCCGGGACGGCGAUUCACAAAGGGGGGGUGGAUUGUAGCAGGAUGGAGUUGGCAUUGCGUAAUAGGAGUGAUUGACAGCUCGUGAUUGACAGCAAGGGGCGGGCUUAAGUCUAUUUAUCCGGGUGGACCCUGGUUUCCUGUCUCGCUUCCGUUUCCAUUGGGACCUGUUGUUUUGGUGUGAGGUUGGGCUGUGUUGGCCACCGAGAGGCCGCGGAUGAACUGCGAAGAGCGGCGUUACUCACCUGCACUUGUGAUCGUUUGAAGCGCACUGUAACCUACGUGGCGCUUAGGAGCCAGGAGCUGGCUGAUAGGGUGAGUUUGGUCUCCAUCCUCUCGAUAAGAUGUCCUUCUGUUAUUGCUGCCCCCCUAAUACGAACCAUCUUGAUGUUUGUAGCCAGUUAGCCUGCUCGAGGUAAUUGGUGUGGCGUGGCGAUCCUUGGAAACGCUGUGCCGGUGACUCGCUUGUUUUAAGGUGCGUAUAAUGCCUGCCUGCUCUCUUAUCCACUUCCUUACUCCAGUACGCAUUACUGAUAGCAACUUUUCUAUAUUUGUAGCUUUCAUCGGCGGCCCCUCCGGCAAGAACCAGCCAGUGUGGUGCGCCUACAUGUUCUUCGGCUGCUGUUUCGCUGGAUAAGUUGGUUAGAAUCUCUGUUUCGCCCCUGCUUCACCUGCUGCUUGUCUGUGCUUUGCUCUGCUGGGGUUGGGGAAGUACCCCGCUUGCUGGCCACGCUUACCCCUUUGCCCUGCUUCUGUGUGUCUGAGGGUGCGCAGUUUCGGGACCCUUGCCCACUAUUCGCCAAGUUAUUAUUUCUUUUCAUUUGAUUUACUUUUGCAUGUUUUGUUAUUUUGCUUCUGCAUGUUUAUUUUGGUUUUCUUUAUUUUGUUUGCUGCAUGCUCCCAUUUUGCUUGCCCUGCUCCCGCAUGCCUGUGUGCUCUGCUGCUUGCUUUAACUAUUUGUGUGCUGGUAGCUAUAGCUAUCCCUGUUGCUAAGGGUUAUAUGUGUGCAGUGCCUAUUUUGUUUAUUUAUCCUUCUUUUCAUUUCAUUUACUG